ACAGUCGGCUCGACAUUUGUAAUCUUGCCUUACUCUCGCUUGUUGUAUUUGUUCUUUUCCAGUCACUUUGCGCAUCCCGAGUCAACGCGGUCAAGCACCCGAUCGCCAGCAGUUUGGGUGUGAACGCGACGUAAAGACCCGAAGGCAGCCUUCCAGCUUUCCUCCGCUCAGAUUUCGCAAGCGGUCGCGACGUGAGUGCCCAGGUCACGAAGACCGUCAAGCUGCGGGAUUCCUCUUCCAGUUCCGUGCAGCUCUUGAAAUCGCCCCUUCGCUUCCAGAAAAUCCUCUUCAACAUAGCGCACCGCCAACGCAUCUCCUCCGAUGAGUGCCGUCAUGACCAACUCCCAGACCGCCACCAUCCCGCGUACCGCCAAACCCCCUCCCUCUGGACCUGCGCCUCCCGCACCCGCUGCCGUUCCUCCGUCCACCGCCCAUCCGCCUCCUGCGAACAGAGCCCAUCCACCACCUCAUAAUCAUCCGCCCGCCGUCAAUGGCAUGCACAGCACUCAGAAGGGGAAGAAGAAGAACGAGCCGGCACCUGUCGAUCCUGCAACCAUGUACGAGAGUCUAAAGAACAGGAUCGCAGCGCUAGAGGAGGAAGAGGUACUCGAGGAGGAAGAGGAGAGAAGAUUUGCGGAGGAGGCUCAGAAGUCCGUCGUGGGCAUGGAAGAGAGAGCGAUUCAUGCAAAGUACAUUGAACUGUUCGCCGAACUCAAACGCUUGGAGCGGGAUCACCAGAAAGAAAAGCAGAAGUUGAUAAAGGACAAGGAUGCAGCAAAGGGCCAGCUGACCAAGGCAAAUCAGACGAAGGUGAAAAUGGAGAAUCUGGCACGCGAGCUCCAGAAGGACAACAAGAGACUAAGGGAGGAUGGCAAACGCCUCGCCCACUCGGUGGAAGAGGCACAGGACGAGAUCAUCCAGAUGAAGAAGGACAUGACCAAACGUGCGGAGAAAGCCAAGCUGCAAGACACGAAAUUCCGCGACAUGCCUGACAUCGUCGUGAAAGUCAUCUGCCGCUACCGUGAAGAGCUCUUCUUCCGCAUCUCGCGCAAGACCAAGUUGUCCAAGCUAUUCAACGCGUGGACUGAGCGCAUGGAGGCCUCUAGCAUCGUGAAGAAGUCAGAUGGAUUCAACGGAGGGAAUCUGUCCAAUGGGUCAGGCAAGUCAGACGCGAGCGCGCACUCGACGAGCUCAGUGCACGUGCCAAGCACGAACACUCAGUUCGUGUUCACGCACAGUGGGAGGGCUGUAGAUGCGGAGCAGACGCCAGAGGAGGCGGGCAUCGAAGAUGGGGACGAGAUUCUGGCGGUCGAGUUGAUGGAUCUGACGGAAGGCCCGGGGACGGAGUUUCUGGAUGAGGGUGAGCCUCGACGUCAGAAGCUGAGGAAGCACUGGACCGAUAAUCCGAAGGAAGCUGUGAGAACGUUAGAAGAGAUCUUCGAUGGCGUCAUCCGUGAACGUUUAAAGGAGGUCCUACGGCAAUACGAGCUCCGAGAACGACAUUUCGAAUGUGUCAUACGCUCGAAGGAACUCGAGGUUCUUCUCUCUCGUGCAAGAGCAGCAGAACAGAAACAGCUGGCUGAGGGCGAGAAAGUUCGUGCUGAUAAACUUGAAGACGAGAGCCAGCAUCUUCGAAAAGAAUUAGAAGACGCUCAGAGAGGCCAGACAAUGCUCGUCGACAGACUCAUAACGUGCUGCAAGGAGCCAAAUGCAGAACGGACACAACGUUUGUUUGCAUCUCUUCGAGACGAGCUGGAAAAGCGGGGGCGAGGGACAAAGUCGAUUGAGGGUGCUGUAGGAGGGUGAUACCUGACGUGUACAUCUACCCGUCACAAUCCUCACUUCAGCUGCUGCCCCUUGAGCUUCAAGUGUGUGAAGUCAACUGUCAUCCAUCAACUCAGGUACAAUAUUCAAGCCCCAAGUCCUUAGGCCUCGACUUCGAGUUCGUCUGAAAUGCGUGUAAAAGGAGUUAUGAAUGCUGUCCAGGAGGGUAUUAUAUCGUAGCGUACGCAAACCCAAAGUCCAUUCCGAAGUCCAUGAUGAUCUCCAGUCCAAGCUGAUAUUGUUCGCACGAUCUCUAAGCUAGGACGUCAAACUCCUCUACCGAACUGAUCAACCCCGACCGAGUGAACGUCUUGCCCUUGACUGACUCGAGGCCUUCGCCGGCGUAUGUGACCAGCGGCGAUAUUUCGAUCUCGACGCCGGCGUUGACAGUGGCACCUGCGUGCUCGAGGAAACGACGGUGCUGCGCCAGAAGGUCGCGACGGCUGGUCUCCGGAUCGUCCGAGCCCGUUCCGGGUGCGUUCUUAAGCGGGCUGAAUUCCUCGUUCCGCGCGACCUCGAGCACGGCGAAGCGCUUCGAAAACGGCAGUACGUCGAACACGAAUAACUCGAGCUUCAUCCCAUUCGGCUUGCCUGGCUUAACGGACUCGCCACUCUCCAGCGAGACGUGGGGGAUCUUCUUUCGUGCGAUGUGAAACGCGAGCUCGUUCUCGAACGCCUCAACGUUGUUCAGAAACGCGGUCGUGAAGAAAUGGUUUGCGAUAUUGCCCGCGCGGAAUGCGAGCUCGCCUGUCUCCUCAUCGCGUUUCUCCGCCUGUUCUAUAGUGAUCUCCGAGUACUCGACCACCCCAAACUUGCUGCCGCGGCGGGCGACGACACCUACAGACUCCGUGGGUGAAGCCUUGGGGACGACCUUGGCGGCGCAGUCCGACUGCUUGCCGAUGCUGUAGCCGAGGAAAACGGGAUCGGCGACGCGGACG